CAAGGGAAUAAACGCCGUCAGACCGGUCCGAUGAAGCCCUUCGCGUCAGCCACACUUGGCCGAGCAGCAUCGCCAAGAUAGGACUGCGCUCCGUGCCAGCGAUGCUGUCCUUUCCAGUUGUGUUGGCGGAUGGAUUAUAGUCCGUUUAUGAUGGAGUUGAACCCAACGUGAAGAGGAGGAAUCCGGUCCGUGUCCAUUGCGUCCAUGCCCACGAUGUCAUCGUGAAGGAUUCACGCGCUUUCACCUGUUUCCAUGCGUCUCCUAUCCGCUGCAGUCUUUCUAGUGGUGUUAGCGCCUGUGCUCCAGCUUGGUGGCACACCCACGACCGAGUUGCUGUCCAUCGUGUACAACAUCAGCAGCAUCGUGGGCAAAAUUAGACUCAUCGAGGCCCGAAAAUAGCUUGCACGAGUGGAUGUGUCGCACAAGAGCGCAGAAAUGUGUCAUUCGGCGAAUUGAGCACACCGUCCAUUUUGGCCCCUCGAACAAUGGACGUCCUCGACGCGAGCUACGACAGCGUGGACGAAGUCGACGAAGACGCCGAGCUCGAGCUGUCAUGUGCGCUGCAAGACUUGGCGACUCGAUGCAAGUCGUUUUCGGCGAAAAUGACGGAAGACCUGCCUGAGAUCGAAGACGGCGAAGUGAGUGAAGACGAAGACUUGCCUCGAUUCUUUGCUGCUGAUGACAAGGCUGUUGGUGGCGGGCGGCGGCCCCGUGGUGACAAGGGCACUGCUGCCGACGACGGCGACGAAUACUACAACCAAACGCACGAAGAAUUGACGUCGAUCCAGUCCAAUAUCAAGCACCUGUUAGAAAAACUGGAGCGCGCCGCCACCACACAAACCACCUCGUCGUCGACGACCGUCUAUCGGGACUUUGAAAACGACAACGAUGCUAAACCGACAACGAACGGACGAUUUGGAGCCACGAAUCAACGACAGGAGAAGUAACGUCAAGAUCACCAUUAACAUCGGGCUAAAAACGCCAGCACGCGGCGUUGGAGCUCGACUUCGUCGGCACGGAGUUCCAUUUCGGCGGCGUGAUGUGCCAUGUCAAACUGCAUCUUGUGCUUGAGCAGCUCCAGUAGCCGCGCCGCUGCCCCACCAUCGUCUUGGUCGUC